AAACCUUUGAACCCGAAAACACAAUAAUAACUCGCAUUGUCUCCCAGUUAUGUUUGGUGCAUUCCGUUCAACCUUUGUCGCUCAGAGCGGUCUCCUCUGGAAAAAUCCCUUUAGAAUGUCGGCCACUCGUAAAGCUAACGUUCGCAAGAGACUGAAGGCUGUUGACGACGUGAUUGCAACUGUUUCGGCCUCAGGUGUUGAAUGCAAAGCAUUGGAUCAGGCUAUGCAAUUGCCGCGCGAAAGCGAAAUGCUCGCAAGAGACAAGUACUCUGUGUUCAGCCGCCACAGCAAGGGUCACCGCAAGUCCCUGCACAAGGUCCCCAAGUUCACCAAGAAGACCAUCCGCACCAGUCCUCCUGGUUUCUAGAUCGUAUUAUGUGUUACCAACUCACGUUCUUUUCAAUUCUUCUUCUUGAGAAUCUAAUUAUCCAAUUCAAACCUUCCAUACCACCUUGUAAUUUUCGUCACAACCACCAUCUCUCGACCCUAGAUUUUUUUUCUCUCUGAGACGUUAUUCUUUGUACAUUACAUCAGGAAAAAUUGAUAUAAACCAAAACAUAAACUUGACCUGCGUCAUUGCAUUGUCGUGUUUCGCACGCCUCGAUGUACGGCGGCGUACAGCAAA